GUGUUGGUCACGUGAACUCACCAAGGCGAUGGGGGUAACGGGAUUGUGGAUGCUUCUAGCUCCAGGAGGCCGACAAGUUUCGAUGGAGAGUUUAAGCGGGCAAACUCUAGCGGUUGAUGCGAGCAUUUGGCUUACCCAGUUUGUGAAGGCCAUGCGCGACCCUGACGAUGGAACGAUGAUGAGGAAUGCACACCUUCUUGGGACAUUCUAUCGCAUCUCGAAGUUGUUGACCCAUGGAAUUCGACCUGUAUUCGUUUUCGACGGCGACACACCUGCAAUCAAGCUCAAGACGCUGCAGCAGCGUCGAUCGAGACGAGAAAAGAGUCAAGAUACGCUGACGCAAACUGCCAAGAAACUCUUGAUCAAACAGCAGCGAGAAAAGGGCUCCAAACAACUCCCUCCAUCCGAAGUACCGCGUUCUCCUGCUGCUAAACCAGUUGAAGCCUUCCAGUACGACGCGAUGUCCUCGGAGGAAAAGUCAGCGGACGACGGGAACGACAGCGACUACGAUGCGACGUGGAUGGUUGAUGUCGAGAACUUCGAAGCGUACCAACGUAACCGGCGCCAGGAUGCGCGCGAGACGUUUCUGACGUUGGCAGGCAAGCCGGAAGAGUAUUCAAUGGCGCAAAUCAGCACGUUCCUCAAGGCGAGCAAGCUGAAGCGGGACAUGAACUCUCGGAAAAGUGCCAUCGACUCCCCCGAGUCCGGCCGGCGGAUCGCCAGCGAAGGGGGUCGGCGAUACAUCUACACCAAAGCAAGUGCGCCCCACGCGCUGGACGAGUCAUCCGUUGGCCGCUCUUCAGAGCAUGUUCGCAUCCAGGCAGCCAAGUCCGUUGACGCGACAGCAAAGCAAGACUGCGCUGUUUUCAGCCCGACCACGUUGGACACAAAACACCCGAGCUGGUUUUCCGCUGGGAAAAAGGACGCCCCGGUGGUUCUGGACUGGGCCACCGACGAGGUUUUCGUGAAAUGUGACCUACCCAAUGCGUUUAAGUUGGCAUCGGACGCGCCCCCGUCCGAUCUUGCGCACGAGACAUCGAAACAAUCUUCACACGACGACCAUACUCCCGUGCAAGCCAAAGCAGCAUCCAGUACCCCUGACGACGAAUCGGACAUUGAGUGGGAAGACGUUGUUGCUCCCCCUGAACUUGAGCAUGCGGUGAGCACACAAGCGGACAAGAGUUGCUCCACCGACCUUGGGACGACCAGUCCUUUUGACGAGAAACCACGUCAAGCGACUCUUGGCAGUGACACGUCCGAUUUUGAAUGGGAAGAAAAUACCGACGAAGUUCCGUCGAAACCAUUGCCAACACAAUAUAACGAAGCGGCGACCUCGAGCGAUGUGUUGGAACGACUUUCUCCGGCAAAGGAACUUGUGCAUUCCAAGGACGACGACGAAGGCAAAGAGGACGUGACUACCAGCGCCCUGCAUGCUGCGAUGUCUACUGCAACCAAUCUCACGCAGUGGGCUGCUGGGGCUGUGAAGCGAGCUAUCUUGGCACACAAACAACUGGGAACUCAAUUUGAGGCAGCCACGCAGAGCCACAGUCCACUGAACAAGACUGCAAGCCCAGAAACGAUGCGGUAUUUGCCCCGAGGGUCGCCAGAGGAGUCGCCCAUGCGAUACCUUCCACGAGACAAUGCAGUGCCUCAAGCAUUGCCCAGUCCUUUGGAUGAGUCGGAGGCGGACCUGCGGAAGCUGCGCAACCAGAAGCUGCGCGAUGUGGACGGCGUCACGGACGAGAUGAAGAGCCAAGUGAUGGACCUGCUCCGGUUGUUCGGAGUGCCGUUCGUGGUGUGUCCCAUGGAGGCGGAAGCGCAGUGCGCGACGUUGGAGCAGCUCGGGUUGGUGCAAGGUAUCAUCACAGACGACAGCGAUAUUUUCGCGUUUGGCGGGAAAAAAGUGUACAAAAACAUGUUUAAAGACUCUAAAUUCGUGGAAGCGUACUUUGCCGCCGAUCUCGAGCGCGAAUUGGGCCUGGACCAAGAGCGCAUGAUUGCAUUGGCAUUGUUGCUCGGAAGUGAUUACACCGACGGCAUCAACGGCAUUGGCAUUGUGAAUGCAGCGGAGAUUGUCGGGGCGUUCGGGGGUCUCGAGGGGCUGCGCCACUUCGGCACAUGGGUCAACUCGUUUGACAUUACGGACGACUUGAAGAAACCCAAGAAAGUGUCGGCGGACGAGUUGGCGGCGCUGAGUCCGCUCGAGCGCUUCAAGCUCACGCACCAGUCGAUUCGGCGAAACUGGAACGUCAGUGCCAUCUUCCCCAACCCCCACGUGAUCAAGGCGUACCAGUACCCCGACACGGACAAGUCCACGGCGCGCUUCUCGUGGUCGGUGCCGGACCUGGCCAACCUGCGCGUGUUCUGCGGCCAAGAGUUUGGCUGGCCCAUCGAUACGGUCGACUCGAAACUCCUUCCCGUCGUCCGCGCCGUCUCCCGGGGUUUCCAAGCCCAAACCCGCAUCGACGGCUACUUUACAUCGUACAACGACAAUAUCAAAUACGCAAAGAUUCGAAGCAAGCGAUUGAAAGCAGUGGUGAACGACAUUAAAGGUAUACAUACUUGGGCGGACCACAAGACCUCAACAUAGUGUGUGCAUCUGUCUAGGCUUGAAGAAACCCCGUAAGCAUGAACACGACUAGUUUAUUACUUGGAUUCUUGCUUGGUGGUCACGAUGUUGCUGGGUCCAUUCGAGUUUCCUUCGGCGGCCGCGGCGGCCUUUUUCUGGGCCCGCUGGGUUUCGAUCCUGGUCUGCACGAUCGCGGUGAAGUCCACCAUGUACGAUGCAAUCACGUCGAGGUCGGCCAUGGCCUUGCGCCCGUUCUGGAGCAACUCGAUGUCGUCCACGGCCUUGUCUUGGUAGUCGUCGCUGGUACUGGGCACGUCCUUCACUUCAAUGUGCUUCAAGAUGGUGCCGUGGAUGCCGCACGUGGACCGUUGCAGCAAGUUGCCCACUGCCAUCAAGAUCUGACCCACUUCCAGCGUCUUGUCUGACGUGAUGCGGAUGGUCGUGUCCACCUAAUAUUGUAGUGUGUUUAUUCGCAACUAGAGUGACAUGGAAUAGAAUCGACCGACAUAACCAAGUAAAUGUGCAGAAGAAUCAUCGGCAGAAGGAUGUAACCCAUACAGUUAGCUUUGUAGAAGAAAAUCA